CCACUCCCUCACCAAAAUUAGAGUAACACCUCAACUUCCGCUCACCCGGCUCCGAAUUUCUAAUCCUCUUUCCUCUAUUCCUCUCCGCCCCCACCACCGCCGCCCACCACCUCCGCCGCCGUCUCCGCGGCCUCUUCGGCCGGAACCCUAGCCUCGCCUCGGCCGCCUCCGCCGCUCCUGUCGGGCGGUCGUGGUGCGGCCGGACGGCCGCGAUGGACGAAUCCGGCUCGGCCCCCAUCUUCCCGAACGUGCGCACCCCCGAGGACGUGUUCAGGGACUUCCGCGGCCGCCGCGCCGGCAUCAUCAAGGCCCUCACCACCGAUGUGGAGAAGUUCUACAAGAUGUGCGACCCAGAGAAGGAGAACUUGUGCCUCUAUGGACUAUCUAAUGAAACCUGGGAAGUGACCCUUCCAGCUGAGGAAGUUCCUCCUGAACUUCCAGAGCCAGCACUGGGAAUAAACUUUGCUCGUGAUGGAAUGGCUGAGAAAGAUUGGCUCACGCUGGUUGCUGUACACAGUGAUGCUUGGUUAAUUGCUGUGGCAUUUUACUUUGGAGCUCGCUUUGGAUUUGAUAAAGAUGCCAGGAGACGGCUCUUUAUGAUGAUCAGUAAUCUUCCCACUGUAUAUGAAGUUGUGACAGGAAGUGGGAAGAAGCAAUCAAAACCCCCCAACAGCAAUGGCAAAAGCAAGUCGGGUUCUAAACCAUCCAAGAAACCCAAUUCGAAUAGCAAGCCAGCAAAGCAGCCCCUGCCAAAGCAGGAGGAACAGAUGGUCAAAGAAGAGGGAGGUGACAAGGAUCAAGCUUACCUGUGCGGAACCUGUGGUAGGAGCUAUUCUAAUAAUGGUGAAUUCUGGAUAGGCUGUGACAUUUGUGAGAACUGGUACCAUGGCGAAUGUGUCCGCAUCACUCCCGCCAAGGCAGAGCACAUCAAGCAGUACAAGUGCCCGGCUUGCAGCACCAAGAGGAGCAGAGACUGAGCGUGGGAUGCUCCUGGCUGAUGUAGUUUGGGUUGGUAGGGCUUGAGCCGGGGCAUUCUUGUUUCCUGCUGUUUCAGCAGCGCCAGUUGCCCCGGCAGUUGUAUUAGUGUCAUCAAAACAUUGGGCGUAGUUGUUAGUACUGUAGAGACCGCUGCUGCUCUCCUAGUGCCCUAGAAGUGUUAUGUUAAUGGAUUGUCAAAACUCUCCAUGAGUAACGAAGUGGUUUCUUAGUAGGUAAUGACCCAUUUCUUGCGCA